GUGACGUCACGCGAGUUGGGAAACACGCAGGAGGGGAAAGCGAACGCGCCGAUCGCUCUCCAGCAAAGCCAAGACGGUCAGCGGUGGCACGGAAACAAUGUCACCGAAUGUGUAGCCGGGUGCGCUGCAGGCCCAACGAACGCCGUGCAGUUUAAAACAAAACGUUUUAGUGGUUUGCUCAUUCUGUGAUUAUUUUUAUAAUGACAAACUCAAAAAGCUGUAGCUGUUUUUGCUGCUCACGCGCCAAGGAGCAACGUCGCCUGUAAGCUAAAUAAGCCGAUAAAGAAAAAGGAAAAUCAAGCUAUUUAUAUCCCUUGCUCUACUUUACUUCAUUUAUCACCGGGGACGUCGGAAACAUGUCGACCGGCCAAGACGAAAGUUCGGUGCGAGUGGCUUUGAGGGUUCGACCUCAGCUGGCUCGUGAGAAGAUUGAGGGAUGCCACAUCUGCACGUUCGUCACGCCGGGCGAGCCCCAUGUGAUGCUGGGAAAGGACAAGGCCUUCACCUACGACUUCGUUUUCGACAUGGACUCCGACCAGGCCUCCAUCUACGCCGACUGCACAGAGAAGCUGAUCGAGGGCUGCUUCGAGGGCUACAACGCCACCAUCUUCGCCUACGGACAGACGGGUUCGGGGAAGACGUACACCAUGGGCACAGGUUUCGACGUGAGCUUCGUUGACGAGGAGUUUGGAAUCAUCCCGAGGGCAGUUGCCCACCUCUUCAGUGGCAUAGAGCAACGCAAGCAGGCUGCCAUCGAGCAAGGAAAGCCCGUGCCUGAGUUCAAGAUCAACGCCCAGUUCCUGGAGCUGUACAAUGAGGAGGUUUUGGAUCUGUUUGACUCCACGCGGGACAUGGAGGCUCGCAAGAUGAAGUCCAACAUCCGCAUCCAUGAGGACGCCAACGGAGGCAUCUACACUGUGGGGGUCACCACACGCAACGUCACCUCAGAGGCAGAGAUGAUCCAGUGUCUGAAGCUGGGCGCUCUGUCCCGUACGACUGCGAGUACCAAUAUGAAUGCCCAGAGUUCUCGCUCUCACGCCAUCUUCACCAUCCACCUGUGCCAGGUGCGCGUCUGCACCAACGGCAAUGACAAGGAUGGAGAGACAGACAACCGUCUGGCCAAUGGCUCGUCUGACAUGAACGAGUUUGAGACGCUCACAGCAAAGUUUCACUUCGUGGACCUGGCCGGGUCCGAGCGCCUGAAGCGGACCGGCGCCACCGGAGACCGGGCCAAGGAGGCCAUCUCCAUCAACUGUGGCCUGCUGGCCCUGGGGAACGUGAUCAGUGCUUUGGGGGACCGUAGUAAGCAUUCGACCCACGUGCCGUACCGAGACUCCAAACUCACACGGCUCCUCCAGGACUCUCUUGGAGGGAACAGUCAGACGGUGAUGAUCGCCUGCAUCAGUCCGUCUGAUCGUGACUUCAUGGAGACGCUGAACACGCUGAAGUACGCCAACCGGGCGCGGAACAUCAAGAACAAGGUGGUGGUGAACCAGGACCGGGCCAGCCAGCAGAUCAGCGCCCUUAGAACCGAGAUCGCCAGGCUACAGAUGGAACUCAUGGAGUACAAGACGGGUAAGCGCAUGAUAGGAGAGGACGGUGUGGAGAGUGUGAAUGACAUGGUGCAUGAGAAUGCGAUGCUGCAGACAGAGAACAGCAACCUGCGCAUGCGCGUGAAGGCCAUGCAAGAGACUAUCGACGCCCAGAGCACGCGCCUCACACAGCUCCUCAGCCAACACGCCAGCCAGGCUCUCAGCAACGCCGGUGAGGGAAGCGAGGAGAUUGGCAAUAUGAUUCAAAACUACAUCAAGGAGAUUGAAGAGCUGAGGGCGAAGCUGCUGGAGAGUGAAGCGAUGAGUGAGAGUCUGAGGCGGAACCUGUCCCGGGCCUCCACGCGCCCCUCCCUCUACGGGCCGCCUGGGAACUUCUCCUCCGCCCACGGCGCCCCCGAGAAGGAGGCCUCGGAGAUCCUGGAGAUCGCCAAGAAGGACCUGGAGAAGUUGAAGAAGAAGGAGAAGAAGAAGAAAAAGAGGCUUCAGCACCUGGAGGAGAGUCACUCAGAGGAGCAGGACCACGACAGUGUGGUCAAAGAAGAAACGCCAGACAACGAUCAGGAGAGGGAGGGGCAUGAACGCACCAGUGAGGAGGCAGAAGGGGAGGGCAGUGACCAUGAUGAAGGAGAGGAGAACGAGGGAGAGGAUGAGGACAGUGAGAUGGAGGGGGAGGAGAGCUUAGACGAGUCUGACUCUGAGCUGGACGAGAAAGGGGAAGAGAACUUCCAGGCGGACCUGGCCAACAUCACGUGUGAGAUCGCCAUCAAGCAGAAGCUCAUCGACGAGCUGGAGAACAGCCAGCGGAGGCUACACACACUCAAGCAGCAGUACGAGCAGAAGCUCAUGAUGUUGCACACCAAGAUUAGAGACACACAGCUGGAGAGAGACCGCGUGCUGCACAACAUGGGCUCGGUGGAGACGUGUACGGAGGAGAAGGCGAAGAAGAUCAAGGUGGAGUACGAGCGCAGGCUAAGCUCCAUGAACAAGGAGCUGCAGAAACUCCAGUCAGCCCAGAAGGAGCACGCCCGCUUACUGAAGAACCAGACCCAGUACGAGAAACAGCUCAAGAAACUACAGCUGGACGUGGGAGAGAUGAAGAAGACCAAGGUUAGCCUGAUGAAACAGAUGAAGGAACAGCAGGAGCGGAACCGUGCCACUGAAACCAAGCGGAACCGAGAGAUCGCCACGCUGAAGAAGGACCAGCGCAAGCAGGAGCAUGUGGUGAAGCAGCUGGAGGCCCAGAAGAGACAGCAUGAUCUUAUUCUGCGCAGGAGGACAGAGGAGGUGACAGCACUGAGGCGACAGGUGAGGCCGGCCUCAGGUAAGUCGAGCCGGAAAGUGAGUCUCCCAGAGCCCCAUCAGGACAUUUAUCAUCGCCCCAUCCCCAGCCCCACCCCCACCAGACCUCACACUCCUGGGGCCACACCUGCCAACGGCACCAGGCGGUACCCUGGGCAACGGGGCGGGCCCUACUCCAGCAGGAUGGCCCGCACCAAGUGGCAGUCGCUAGAGCGUCGCAUCAGUGACAUCAUCAUGCAACGCUUGACCAUCUCCAACAUGGAGGCUGAUAUGAACCGGCUGCUCAAGCAAAGGGAGGAUCUUACCAGGCGCCGUGAGAAGGUUUCCAGGAAGCGCGAGAAGAUCACCACGGAGGGCACGGACACCGACCGACCGCUGGCAUCGCUGAGCGAGGAGCUGGAAUCCCUCAGUGCCAACAUUGAUUACAUCAACGACAACAUCGCAGAGUGCCAGGCGAACAUCAUGCAGAUGGAGGAGGCUAAGGAGGAGGGUGACACAGUGGAUGUUUCCGCGGUGAUCAGCUCCUGUACUCUGUCUGAAGCACGCCUGCUGUUGGAUCACCUCCUGUCCAUGGCUAUCAACAAGGGUCUGCAAGCGGCCCAGAAGGAGUCCCAGAUUAAGGUGACGGAGGGCCGUCUGAAGCAGACAGAGAUCACCAGUGCCACACAGAACCAGCUGCUCUUCCACAUGCUCAAGGAGAAAGCCGAGCUCAACCCAGAGCUGGACGCCCUGCUGGGUAACGCACUACAGGAACUAGGUAACGUGCCGGCAGAAAACGGAGAUGAAAGCAGUAGUGAUGAGUCAGCCCAAAGCCCUGCCACAGAGGGCAGCUCUUUGGCAUCAGACCUGAUGAAGCUUUGCGGAGAAGCCAGACCCAGGAAUAAGGCACGCAGAAGGACGACCACGCAGAUGGAGCUACUGUACGCCGACCCGUGUCCAGACGCUCCCCCGGAGGACUUCACGCCCCCCCUGCUGCCCGUGGUGGAGAGCCCAGAGGGUGUGCACCACCUGGGGGAUCGAGAGACCACGGUCUCCCCCUCCGCUCUCACCUCCAGAAACAUAUCUGGUGCCAGGUCUCCCACGGCAACGGAGCGUCGGGCUCUGGAGCGUUCACCUCUGACACGAAGGAGGAUGCUGGAGAGAGGGCAGAGCUCCACCGAGAAAGCCAAAGCACCCGAGAGCCGAACGCCGGAUGACUCUGCUGUUUUAGAGUUUCAAAGGGGGGUGAUCAACCCUGUGCAGAGUGGGAAAGAUGCACGCGGGGCCAAGCUGCAGUGUGUGCAUGUGGCAGAGGGACACACCAAAGCACUGCUGUGUGUGGACUCCACUGAUGACCUGCUCUUCACUGGCUCAAAGGAUCGUACCUGUAAGGUGUGGAACCUGGUGACAGGGCAGGAGAUCAUGUCGCUAGGCGACCACCCCAGCAGUGUGGUGUCGGUGAGGUACUCAUCCAGCCUGGUGUUCACCGUCUCCACCGCCUACAUCAAAGUCUGGGACAUCCGCGACUCUGCCAAGUGCAUACGCACACUCACGUCUUCUGGGCAGGUUACCCCCGGCGACAGCUGCAACCGAGGUGUGGUCAUUCCACCCGGCGAGAACCAGAUUAACCAGAUCGCCCUCAACCCCACAGGGUCUUUCCUAUACGCAGCCGCAGGGAACUCCGUACGCAUGUGGGACCUCAGGAGGUUUGUCUCUACUGGGAAGCUGACUGGUCACCAUGGACCGGUCAUGUGCCUGACGGUCGACCAGACGGGGAACGGCCAAGACGUGGUCAUCACCGGUUCUAAGGACCACAACAUCAGGAUGUUUGAUGUGCUGGAGGGCUCCCAGGGGAGUGUCCCGCCCAGUCACAGCUUUGACCCUGUUCACCUGGACGGCAUCGAGUCUCUGGCAAUGCAGGGGGACGUCCUCUACAGCGGCUCCCGAGACCAUAGCAUCAAGAGAUGGGACCUGUCCCACAAACACCUGCUAAAGCAAGUGCCUGCCGCUCACUCUGAUUGGCCAAGUGCACUGGCACUGCUUCCUGGUUCUUCCUCAUUGGUGAGUGUGUGUCGGGCGGGGCUACUGAAGUUCUGGAACUCCGAGACACUGGCACCUCUUGGCGAACUCCGUGGGCAUAACAUGCCCAUAAAUGACAUAUCCGUAAACACUGGGCACAUCUUCACCGCAUCAGAAGACCGAACUGUGAAGAUCUGGCAGGUGAAGGGCUCUCUGGAGGACGGAUUACACUGACGAGGGUCAGACGUCUCUUCGAAGAACAAACUGUGUGUGUGUGUGUGUGUGUGUGUGUGUGUGUGUUGAAGGCACAGUAUCUUCCCCUCUCUGUCUUGCUCUGAAUGGAUUCUAUAUCUGUGCAGUCUGCAGGCCACUUCGGCCUACUCCCUAGACUAUUCUGUUAGGCUGUCUUCCUAUCUGGCAGUAGGAUCAAGUAGCUUUCUCUCAAACACAUUUCACGCUGGAAGGAACUGUAAAGGUUGGAGGAGGUUAAGUGACCCUCAAGCAAGUGUUUGUUUAAAUGAUGAAAACAGCACAGAGGCCAUUUCCUGCUUAGUGAUAUCUGGUUGCCAAGGGACCAAUAUGCAUCGAUUUGAUGAUGCGAAAGAGACUAAAAAAACAUAAAGAUGAAGCUCAUCCUAGAGAAAGAUGUGUGAGCUUCUUCCAUGUGAUCUAAGAGGGAUGGGGUCAUUCACACAGUUGGCUUUUGCUGUUUUCAGAGUAAAGGACAAAAGAUCUUCAUAUCAUACCUUACUGAAAUGUGUGUGUGUGUGUGCUGGUCAAGCAGCUCCUCAUAUCAUACCUUUUCUAGUCCAGAUAGCAAUGGACACUGCAACAGAUCAGAGGUGCGUUCAAACUAGCAAAGGCAAACGU